UUAAGGAAAUGCUUCCAAUAUUGGAAUCCACUCUGUGCAGUGUCCGGAUCAAAACAGACAUAACUGAAGAGCAGAAACGAACAGCAAGAAGGAAUUUUUUCACCAGAUCAGGAAUUCCAAAUGUGGUUGGUUGCGUUGAUGGAACCCAUGUUGCAAUUAUUGCACCAUGUGAGAACAAGCACUUAUAUGUGAAUAGAAAAGGAUUUUACAGCAUAAAUGCGAUGAUUGCAUGCGAUGAGGAUAUGGUUAUACGGCGUGUUGAUGCAAGAUAUGGAGGAUCUAGCCACGAUUCAUUUGUGUGGAACAAUCGCGCUUUAAAAACAUAUCUGGAGCAAACAUACCAAAAAGGAGAUCAUAAUUCGGUUUACUUAGGUGAUUAUGGUUAUCCACUACACGAGUAUCUAUGGACGCCUUUCCGAAACGCUUUACCAGGAACAGUGGAAUCAAAUUUUAAUAAGAAACAUGCAAAGGCAAGGAACGUAGUUGAACGGACAAUUGGAGUGCUGAAAUGCCGUUUUCGUUGUAUACUUGGUGAACGUAAACUACGAUAUCCUCCUAGUAAAGCAACUGUUAUUGUAAAUGUUUGUUGUGCUUUACACAAUAUUUGCAAACAAUAUAAUGUGAAUGAUCCUGAAGAAGAAACUUUUGUUGAUGUGGUAGUACCACUGGAACCAGUUGAAGGAAACUUCAGUGGAACAGCAGCAGAUCAUCGCCGAAGACAAAUUGCGAAUGCAUUGUCAUAAUAUAGUUGCAUCCCUAAAAUAUAUGUAAAGUAUA